AUGGGAGGCAUGAGGGAUUAUAGUAAUCCGUUUGAUCUGUUCGAGUCACUCUUCGAAGGAAUGGGUGGGAUGGGAGGUGGAAUGGGUAGUAGAGGUGCAGGGAGCAGAGCAAUCGGCGGCGAGGAUGAGUACUACUCACUAAUCUUGGAUUUCAAAGAAGCUUUUUUCUCUAUGGAGAAAGAGAUAGAGAUCUCUCGGUUAGAGAGCUGCGUGACUUGCAACGGCUCAGGCGCAAAAGCUGGAACCAAACCAACCAAAUGCAAAACAUCAACUUUAAUUUGA